GAAAUUAACAAUCUCGUGAUGUAGGAGAGUGCUAGCAUAGCAUCGGAAUGACUUCAGUGCCAUUCUCGGUUUGGGUCUUAAACUUUUCCGACGGUUGCUGUCAGCUAACAGUUUAGCUCCGCUGUCGUUCAUACCGGCAUGGGGUUUGCCGGGUCGAAGGCUGUCAGAGGAUGUAUCCUUCCGCAAGAGCGUUAACGGCAUGAAGCCUCUCGUAGGACCUAAGGGGAUGCUGUUUCGUUAGCCUCUCCGGAACCCGAGGUCAGAUGUAUGUGCCAAACAAGCUAGCAGACUAGUUGUUAGGUUGUGGCAAGUUUAUUAUACAAGGUACAUUCCGCUGCUCAGGCUGGGAACAGGGAGUUAUGGCGCAGUUGGUGUUGGAGCAACUGUCAGAUUUCGGAGAUUAUACUGGUGGUAAAGAGCUGACUGAGGUCUUCAAACUGACCAAUAACGAGCUCCGAAACAGUCUGUCAGUUGUUCGCCUGAGCCCAGAAGGACGUCACAUUCAUGUUAUCCUCCGCAAGCCUAAGGUCGGUCUUGUGACUUUUGACAAGUAUGAAAGACCCCAGCUAGCCCAGAACCAUAAGAAGCUGGAUUUACGACUUACACGAGCUGUUCCUAUUGUGGAUAUUUUGUAUUUGGACCAUAACAACAACAACAGCAGCAGCAGCAGAGACGCAGCAGCUGUGGCAGUGGUUUAUGAGGAUGGAAAAGCUGAGUUUUGGAAAUUCCAGGAGUGCAAAUCUGGCUGGCAUCUUCUGCAAACAUCAGACUUGUGCAACAGUCCCCGAGCAAGAGUGGUGUCUGUCUGUUCCUGUUCCAAUCUUAUCAUCUGGUGUGAGGAGAGACCCCCCUCAGAGAGCUCCCCUGCCCUCAGCUCCACAAGGAAUAAGCUGAGAUACUGUGUUUGCAGGCGUGACUUUGAGGUAGAGGAGGGGGUCGUCACCUUAGGGGGAGUGAAAAUUGCCCUACACAAUAAUCCUAAAUUCACUGUGGUCAGCUCAGGUGAAUAUGUACAUCUUCUCCCUGACUUGAAAGUGAAGCCGCUGUUGAGCAUCUACAGCUGUUUUCUCUCCUGGUCCCCCCACCAAGACUCCUUCACAGUCAGCACCACUUGUAAGAACACUCCCCUGAAAAGGCUUUCGGCUAAAGAGUCCGACUUCAAGAAGUUAGUGACAGACUGUUUGGGAUAUUUGUCGACUCUUGAACCACCUGAGAUCUACGAUUUUUCUCCUACAGCCUGUGGAAGCCUGCUGUUGCUGCUCAGCACAGGCUGGGUGUGUCUUCUCCAGAAAGAUGGGCUGCUGCGGCAGGUGUACAAACUGGAAGACAGCUGCUCAGUAAAAUUUGGUACUCACACUAGCCUCUGCAUAUAUGAGGACAUCCUGGCACUGCUGAUAGGGCAAACUCUGCUUCUGAUUGAUGUGAACUGUGGCAGAGAGCUGGAAAAGAUCGUGUUGAAGAAAGAGGGAUUAUUAUACUUGAACCGGGUGAAAAAAUGCACACCUCACCUGCUUUCAGAAGCUGGACUUUUUGUGGUAAAGAACAAGGAGACAGACUCCAGAGAUCACAGCACUAAGAUGAAGCCUUCUGGUUCCAGCACAGUGGAGCAUAUUUAUCCUGGAGCCCUCCUGGUAGAGGCUGUCUUUGAGGAGGCCUGUAAAUACUACCAGCAGAGGAGCCUGAGCAGCACACAGCUCACUGUGGACACGCUGAAAAAAGGAGGUAGGUUUCAGGCUCCCACCUCUUUAGCCUCCAUCCUCAGGAGCUACCUCAGAGUGGGGUCCAGGCAGAAAGGAGCAGAGCUGUCCCAGAAUGGAGAACUUAGCUGUACAGGGGGGCAAGAGAAGCUAAUGGGCUCUCUGGAAGCUGAGCUCAAGGCUCUGGUCUCUCUGGAGGAGGUUAAGGGCAGUUUAGUGAGGGGAAGUGUGAAAGAGGUGGAGGCAGUGUGUGAUAGUCUGGUUGAGAAAGAGGUAGCCAGGCUGCUGUCAUCAUCAGAGCUGGAUAAAGAGGCCCUGCUUUACUUCAAUUCCAUCUUCAGCAUCUUCCCCCACCAGGUGUGGAGGGCAGCGCAGGCCGCCCUUCAGCUACACUACAACGGGGAGGGUUCUCUGUCCAGCAAAGCUCCCCCAGAUAUGUGGAAAACUGUCCUCAGUCCUGCUGUGACACCCAGCACCCCAACCUCUCUCCCAUUCACAAAUGGUAGGCCCAAACAUAAUCAUAGACUCAACAGCGAUCACAUUGCCAACUGCAAAGCCAAACCUACAAGCCCCACUCCCCCAGCUGCCCUGCCCGUGUUUGAGCUCCUCUGCCAGUCAGUUUUCAACUUCCAGCCUAGCUGGUUGCCCAGGUUUCUCGAGCUUGCCCAGCAACAGCAGGGCUCAGCCGGCCUGGGCCUGAGCCUGGCCUCUUCCUCCUGGAGCUUCUCCGGUGGGCAAGUAGGGGAACGUGGGGAGAAGAACGUGCCGCUCUACAAAAGGGCCCUGUGCGUCUUGUCCAGCCUGAACCCAGACAGAGACCAGCACCAGGACUUAGAAGUGGAGCUGCUUUUGGUCAGUGGCCGGCCCAACGCUAUCCUGCAGGCUCUGAGGAUACUCAUUGCCAAGCAGCAGUGGGAGAGGGUCACACAGGUGGCCCAGAAGUUCUGCAAACAGAGUCCACUGCUUAACAAGGAGAUUUUCACUACUCUGCUGUGCGAGGUGGCCCAGCACAGAGACCUGGACCCCUAUCUGGAAAUGCUGUGGGUGCUUUGCCCAGAGGACCUCACUGUCACCUCUAUUCUCAACUUGGUGCUGAAAAACCUCCCCUCCCCAAACACCCCUCCUUCCUCCUCCUCCUCCUGCUCCUCCAUCUCCUCCUUCUCCACCACAAGCUCCUCAACUCCUGCUCCCUUUGCGGGCUCCCAGAGCAGCCAGUUGACGAUCGGGCUGUUGAAACCUUUGCUGAGGAAAGUCCUUCAGAGGGAGAUCAAGCCUAGCCAACACUAUGCUGACAUCCUCCAGUCUCCAUCAUUCCCCCCUCCGGCUCCUCCCCGACAGCCUGCGGAGCAGCCCAGGGCUGUCACAGAUGCCAGCGCAGACUCAGUUCUGAACAGCAACAUCAACCUGACUCUUCUUGCAGAAACACCUGAGCAGCAGUCGUCCCCACAGACAACUGUCCCAAGGGCCAGGGUGGCACUACCUGCUAACCCAGUGGGAUUUCCAUAAAAAUGAACAGACCCUCAAAAUGGAGAACAAAACCUGUCUCAGAACAUUCCACACAUCACCUAACCAAACUGUCAACCAACAAUGUCAUGCGUGUGUGUUGACAAUCAGAUUAUAUCAGCAUUUUACAGGUACCAUCAGUGUAAUGCAGUCACUUAUAAUAUUUGAUGGUAUUUUUAAAACCACUGGUAAUGUCAGAUGAGGUAUAACUACUAAAAACUAUGAAACUACUGAAUAUCUUACCAGUGUACAUACUGCAGGUAUUUUAAGCCUUAACGUUUAUAUACUGUAUCUGCAUUGUUAUCUAUCUCUUACGCCUUAACUGCAUGUGGAUGAGAAUAUAAAUUGCAUAGAAUAAGCUUUCAUCAGAUUACCACCAAUAUAUGAUAAUAUAUUGUGCUAACACAAUGGUGUUUAUCUGCUCAGUUGCGAACAAAGCCACUAACUCCCAUAUUCGGAGUUUAUUGUGUCUGUGUGUAGAAUAUACUUUGUCUUGGCCUUUAAAGUAGCUGAUGUCUGCUAAUUGUAGCCAAGUAUAGCUGCCUUUAACCUGUUGAUGUCCAAAUGUGUUCAUGGAUUAGGUAAUCUACUGAGUGUUAUCCAGACAAGCUGGCCUUUGUGUUCAAAUGUUUGUUUUUAGUCUGGUAUGGUUUAAAGGAGAAGAGGGAGAGAGCAAAAGGGGGGUUGGGUCCAAAGUUCCUUUACUGGCUUCUCGUUUUGUACUUCACAUAUUAUAAGUGCGCAAACAUUAAUCUGGUUUCGAUGGGCUCAGAGAAAACAUUUGACCUGUGUAAACCAAACCCAAAACAGUCUGCUUGUUUUUUGCCCCCAUUUUUUUCCAUUUGUCUCUCUAGACUCCAUCUUGUCCACUCUGCUCCCUCACGGCUCAAGUCGGAGGACAUUCCAAAGCGAAUGCCCAUUGAAAGUGAUUCACAGUCUGACUUUAAAUUCAAUUUUGGAGGUAAUUCUGUUAGGAAUCGAGUGUGGGCUGGGCUGCUUUCAUAAGGUCAUCAUGUACGUCUGCCUUCAUGGACCCACUGAGGGUAAUGUUAUUAGAGAUUAGGCCUUCUGUCUUCUUGCUCCUGUUAGUUUUCUCCAUUCUCUGAAACUGAUUGCACUUUUGUAUUUCACCCCAGUCAGUGUUGUUUGUAACAUGCUUUUGGCUCAUAUGUCGAGAUGAAUGUUUUCUGCUGAAGUGCUGUAAACGAAAGUAUAUUUAAGUGCCUGUCGUCUUUGAAGCCUUUGUUAAUGCUUUCUGUUGAAACAGUCUAUAUAAUUUGUUAUAGUGUUUUUUGUAUGUAAAUGUGGAGCCCUUCAGAACAAAAUGUUCUUUGUUUUGUAAUAAUCUCUGAAGGACUACUACAGUGAUAACCCUGGCCCUGCAUGGGUGAGGUACUUUCACAGGAGCUCUUGUGUUGAGUGACAAUCAGACUCCAAAAUGCUGCACGACAGUCAGAGUGCCUUUCACAGUGCCGCUCUUCAUUUACAGAGUAGUGUUACAUUUUAGCUGCAUCUGGACAAAGAACUGGAGAUAGAUGAGAGGCUGCUUUUUCUGUGUUAUAGAGAACAGUGUUUUGCGUUUUUGUUGUUUUUUUUAAUGAGGAUAACAACUUCUGGCCUCUUCAGUCAAAGGUUGUUUUUAUGACAUUUUAUUUUCACUCUGAAACCCUGCUGAUUUCUUGCUGCAGUCUGAUUGGUGAGUCAGUGUUGUCAUCCAAGCUUGAAUUCUGUGCCAACAGUGUCAGUUGAGCACCAUGAGUUCUGCUUUGUGCCAGACAUGUUUGAGUCCAUCUGUGAGUCACUGGAAACUCCCUGCGUUUCACAGACAGGCCACUCAACCUGAUUUUAUGACUGUUCAGAUGUUAAUCAUUAAUUUGUCCCAAGCUUUCUUCUUCUGGUUUAUGUUAACAAGUCGGGAUUUCUCCUGGAUUUGCUCGGCAAAAUUUCGCAUCUACAUUGUGUACUUCUGGUGAUGCUCUCCCUUAAGCAGUAUUUAAAAAAAGAAAA